AUGUAAUUAUUAAAACUUAAUCAAUUUCAGCCACUUUCCAAAGAAGAUAAACCAAUACCUGGCAAUAUAGUUAUCUGUUUACAAUUAGGAACAAAUUAUGUUACAUUCAAGUCCUUGUAAGUUUGAUUAUUUAGUUUAUGAAAGUGCCUUAAAAUACAGUGAAGAUUGUUAACAUUACUACAUUAAUUUUCUACUUAAUUACUAUGAAGCAUUCUAUACUAAGGACAAUAGUUAUCAUCUUGAGUUUUAAAUGUGCUAUUUUGAAUUGUUGCCCCAAUUUGAUAGAAUAAAGAAUAUUCCAAUACAAAGAGGUUAUAAGUUGAAGAAUUUAAAGGAAAAUUUCAAUAUCAAACAAAUAAUUGAUUAAGUAAUAGCUAUCACUUCCUAUAAAGAAAUGUACUUUUUAUAUAUUAUACAUUUUUCAACGAGAAAAUGCUAUAUAUUAGAUCCUUAGACUCAUCCUUAAAGUAGGUUUAGUGAUCAUGAAAUAGUUUCAAAAACUAUAUUAAACUAUUUUCAAUAGACUUUCUCUGUAGAGUGUUGUCUAUUAAAAGAAAUUAAAUAGGAUACUACAGCUUUAAUUAGAUCUGCAUUAUUAUUGGAUUUUAUAUUUAAAUAUAUGGAUGAAAGUAAUAAUGUAGAAAAAAUUGAAAAUAUUAAAAUUAGAUCAUCAGAUGCUAAAUAAUUAUUAGAAAAAAUUAAAUGGUUCAUCAAUAAAUGUUAUAAUGAAAAUAUUUAUAUUACUAAAGAAUAGAGAUAAUAACCAAAAUUAAUGGAUAAAUUAUUAAGUUAUGAUGAAUGGAAAUAAUAGAUGAAUUCAGAUUCAUUUGAAAAAGUAAAUAAAAUAAAAGAUGAAUUCAAAUCUAGAAAUGAAUCAAUCAUUAAAUUUAAUCAACCAACAAGUCCUGAUAGUUCUAUUAGUAUUCUAUCAUUAAUGGGAUAAAAUUAAUUGAAUUAAUCAUUAAGUAGUUCUUAAUCAGGUAUUUCUUUGAAUGCUUAAUCCUUUUUGAAAUAACAACUUUAUAAUCAAGAAAUUCCAAGAAGAGAUCAUAAAAUUAAUGAAGAUGUAAUAACUAAAUAAGAAUUUGAAAAUUUAUUGAGAGAUGCAAAAUAAUAAAUUAGACAAGAAGUCUUAGAAGAAUUAAAGAGAGAAUAAGAUGAAAAAAUGUAAUAAUAUGAAUUGAAAUUAUAAACUAAAUAUAAUCCUCUUGAUGAAUAAAUAGCCCAAGAAUAUCUAACUUAAGUUAAAUUCCAAAGAUAUAAAGAUUAUUUAGAUUAUUUAAUGGAAUAUUAUUACAAUAAUGAUAAAUAAGAAUAUUAUAAAUUAAUAGAUGAAUACAAUUAAAGAUUAAAAGACACAGCUCUAAAUGGAAUGGUAGAAGUAUAAAAACAAGAAAUCUUAAAAUUAUAAGCUAUUACAAAAAAGAAGAUUUUAGAAUAAAAUCAAUAAUUAGAAAUUGCAUUAUAUAAUUAAAAGAAAGAGUUAUAAGAUAUUAUACCAAUUAAAAAUAAAUUACAAGAAAGAAAAGAUGAUUAUUAAAGAUUUUAAAUAUAAUAAAAUAAACAUGAAUACAAAUUUUAAUUUGCAAAUGUUAAUUUGACUAUUGAUCCUUUUGAAUUCAAAACAGAUUAAUAAGUAGAUGAAAUUAGAAAAUAAAAAACUAUAUUAGAUGAAUAAGAUUUAUCUAGAACUGAAAUUAAAGAAAUGUAAAAUGCUUGGAAAUUUGAAACUUCUAAAAGUAAUCUUUCUAGAUCAUCUGUUUAUAAUUAUGAUGAGGAACUUGAAAAAUUAUAAAAGAUGUAUUAAAAUAAACCUGAACCUUAUCAAUCUAAUAGAUAAUCAAAUAGAGUACCUUCACUUUAAUCAUAUCCUUAAAUAUAAUCUUAAGCAUAUUCAAAUUAAGUAUUUUCUAAUAAAGAUCCAACAUCACAAAGAAAUCUUAAAAAUAAUGAUCCCAUAUCUAAAUAAUAAUCUAAAUAUGAUCCAAAUAGUAAAAGAAAUUUAGAUUUAUCAAAUCCAUAAUCAGAAUAUUCUAGAUUACAAAUUGAAUAAAGUUAAAAGAAUUUAGAUAGAAGUAUUAGAUAACCAUCUAAAUUUGAUUCAUUAUCAUAGAUUGAAUAAUUUCAAGAAUAAUAAAAGUGA